AAUCCUCUAAGCAUCAUGGUCAUUGUGCAAAAGCAGCUCCUUUUCUAUAUGAUCCUCCAUAAAUAGUUGACAUUGACCAGUUAAGCUGCAGUGCUUGUUGAGAGCUUCAUCCACAAGCUCAAAAUCAAAGCCAAACCCAUCAUUUUUCAGGAAGAAAGAAAGCAACCCAUAUCAAAGUUUGGGCUACUAUGCAUAUUCAAAAUAUGAAUCCUGUGAAGGAAGAGUUUCAGGGAGAAAGUUGUUCCUUCUCUGGUGAUAUCCAACCUGUGAUUGUUCCCCAACCAAUGGAGGGUCUUCAUGAAAGUGGUCCUCCACCAUUCCUCACAAAAACAUAUGACAUUAUUGAUGAUGCUUCCACAAAUGAGAUAGUUUCAUGGAGCAAGGGAAACAACAGUUUCAUUGUGUGGGAUCCUCAAGCAUUUUCCAUCACUCUUCUUCCCAAAUACUUCAAGCACAAGAACUUCUCUAGCUUUGUUAGGCAGCUUAACACCUAUGGGUUUAGAAAAGUAGAUCCUGAUAAGUGGGAGUUUGCUAAUGAAGAGUUUCUUAGAGGACAAAGGCAUCUUUUGAAGAAUAUUAGGAGGAGGAAGACAACUCAUCCUCAGCCUUCACAGCAAGCUAUGGACCAUUGUGUUGAAGUGGGGCGGUUUGGAUUUGAUGGAGAAAUUGAUCGGUUGAGGCGUGACAAGCAAGUUCUCAUGGUGGAGCUGGUGAAACUUAGACAACAACAGCAGAAUACUAUAAGUUACCUUCAAUUAACUGAAAGUAGGCUUAAAAAGACUGAGCAGAAACAGAAACAGAUGAUGAACUUUUUGGCAAGGGCAAUGCAGAAUCCUAACUUUGUGCAGCAAUUAGUUCAACAAAAGGAAUUGAGAAAGGAGCUGGAGGAAUAUUUUUUCAAGAAGAAAAGAGGACAACCAAUUGAUCAAGGGCCUAGUAAUAUUGAGGUAACUGAAUUAGUUCAUGCUGAAGAGUACUCAGCUUUAGUUAAACUUGAACAGCAGGACCCUGCUAUGAAUAUGGGGGAACAAAGUGGAACCCAAAAGAGCAUAGAGGAGAAAGGAGUUGAACUUGAAAGUAAUAAUAAAGACAUUGACAAAGUAUUAUGGGAAGAAUUUUUGAAUGAAGGUAUGGAAGACAAUCUAGUAGGAUUUAAAGAAGAUGAUGAAUAUAUAAAUGUGUUGGUUGAGGAACUUGGGUAUUUAGCCUCAAGUUCUGAAUAAAAUGUUCUUCUAGGCUACAUUUCUGAUUUCUUCUAGGUACUUUGGCUUAAUGAGCAAGCUAAGAUUUCAAGUUUUUAACUUUGAUACUCUACAUGCUAAACACAGUCUUGAUGAGGGUUUUUUUGGUAUGAAUUUAAAGCACUUGUUAAUCAAGAAAUUGACACCUUUUGGCAUAGUAAGCAGCUAGAAUGCAAGUUGUUCUCAAGGUUUCUCCGUGCUUCUCUCUCAAAUUAACUUUGUAUCCUAGUUUUUCAUGUUAAGAUCCCACAAUGUAUCUUUUUUACUAAAAUCUAGUUU